AAUUUACCGUAAGAAAGCGUCAACAUACUAGAGACCGUGGGGAGGAGGAUGAAUAGGAGGAGCAGGAAGAGGAGGCUGAACUGACAGAGCGAGAAAGAGUCACACCAACCAUUGGCUCUAGCUCAUCUGUCGUUUCCACAGUAAACAACGCCGGAGUAGUAGUGUAGUUCAACAACCGCGCGCGUUUGAUAGUCGACAGAACAGCUGCGACCUGCUUGUUGUUGCUCUUAUCCGAGUCAGAGGGGUGCGGGAAUAAUGGCUGCAGUUUCUCCACAGAUCCGAGGACUUGCGACUGAUGAGGAAAAUACCAGGAUACUGCAAGUGAAGGUGAUUGCUGGAAUUGGAUUGGCAAAAAAGGACAUCCUUGGAGCCAGUGAUCCAUAUACAAGACUGACUCUCUAUGAUCAUUCCAAUGGAGAAAUCGGCAGUGCCCAGACUAAGACCAUUAAAAAGACACUGGAUCCUAAAUGGGAUGAAAAAUUCCUUUUCAGAGUUUACCCACACAGACAUCGGCUUCUCUUGGAAGUGUUUGAUGAAAACCGAUUGACACGUGAUGACUUUCUGGGUCAGGUGGACAUACCAUUAAAUCAGAUCCCGACAGAAAAUCCUAAUGCAGAAAGACCAUACACGUUCAAGGAUUUCUUUCUUCACCCACGAAGCCACAAGUCCAGAGUCAAAGGUCAUCUGCGUCUUAAAAUGACCUACUUGCCAAAAACCUCUGCUGGAGGCUCAGAGGAGGAAACGGCAGAGCCAACUGAGGAUGUGGAUUCUAGCUGGGAUUUUCUGGAGACCCAGGAUAUGUCGGGUCCAAGACAGAGUCAGCUAUUGCCGGCUCUGCCCCCUGGCUGGGAGGAGAGACAGGACAACCUGGGAAGAACCUACUACGUCCACCAUGAAAGCAGAACCACUCAGUGGCAACAGCCAACGCUAUAUAACCUGGAGAGUCGGCAACAUCAGAACAACAACGUGGACAGUGGGCAGACUUUCAUCACUCGCAGACAGAUCUCAGAUCAUGAUGAAAGUGCCACGGGAGAGUUGCCUGAGAGCUGGGAGAUUAUUACAGAGGACGAGUCCACCUUGUACCAGAGUAACAAUCAUCCCAUAUCACCUCCCUCUCAACCCGUUUUGGAUUUCCACCCAUUUGGUGAUGACUUUAGAAAUUUGCACGUAACAAGGGCCCCAACUGGUGAGGAGCGUCCCUCCCAGAUGGAUCAUGCUGGUAACUCAAGGCAUUCCAGUCGAAGAGGAAGUGCACCGGCUUCAACUGGAGAGGAACAACCCGUAAAUCCUGUGCUCCUUCCUACUUCUGCUGGGCUUCCUCCUGGCUGGGAAGAGAAACGGGACAGUAAAGGAAGGCGCUACUAUGUCAACCACAACAGCCAAACCACAACAUGGACGCGCCCAGUCAGUCAGAGAACAUCAGAGUCAGCAACGGCACCAAUGCAAAAUAGCACCAGCACACCCCUUAGCCCCGCCCCAUCCUUUAACUCUGGAUCUCAAGAGCUGUCCCCACAGUCAACUCCAAGCCCCGAUGCCCAAUAUGAAUCUGGCUUCUUGCCUGCUGGUUGGGAGGUUCGCAGUGCUCCAAACGGAAGGCCGUUCUUUAUUGAUCACAAUACCAAAACCACUACGUGGGAAGAUCCUAGACUGAAAAUUCCUGUUCACAUGAGAAGGAGAGCCUCUCUUGACCCAUCUGAUCUUGGCCCAAUGCCAGCCGGCUGGGAGGAAAGGGUCCACAGUGAUGGAAGGAUAUUUUACAUUGAUCACAACACCAAGACUACACAAUGGGAGGAUCCCAGAUUACAGAGCUCAGCCAUAACCGGACCAGCCGUGCCUUAUUCCAGAGAUUACAAGCAGAAGUAUGACUACUUCCGCAAAAAGUUGAAGAAGCCAGCAGAUAUUCCAAACCGCUUCGAGAUGAAGUUACGACGGAAUGCGGUGCUGGAAGACUCGUACCGGCGCAUCCUCUCUGUUAAAAGGCCGGACACCCUGAAGGCAAGACUGUGGGUGGAGUUCGAGGGAGAAAAGGGUUUGGACUAUGGAGGUGUGGCCCGGGAGUGGUUCUUCCUGAUGUCCAAGGAGAUGUUCAACCCUUACUAUGGACUAUUUGAGUAUUCUGCCACUGACAACUACACCCUGCAGAUUAACCCCAACUCAGGUUUAUGUAAUGAGGACCAUCUCUCCUACUUCAAAUUCAUCGGCCGUGUGGCAGGAAUGGCCGUGUUCCAUGGCAAACUGCUCGAUGCUUUCUUCAUACGGCCUUUCUACAAGAUGAUGCUGCAGAAGCCGAUCACCCUGCAGGACAUGGAGUCAGUGGACAGUGAAUAUUUCAACUCACUGAUGUGGAUUUUGGAGAACGACCCGACAGAUCUGGAUCUGAUGUUUACAAUUGACGAAGAACUCUUUGGACAGACUCACCAGCACGAACUGACGCCUGGAGGCUCAGAGAUCGUCGUGACCAAUGAGAACAAGAAUGAAUACAUUCAUCUGGUGAUGCAGUGGAGAUUUGUCAACCGCAUCCAGAAGCAGAUGACUGCUUUCAAAGAGGGAUUCUUCGAAUUGAUCCCGCUAGAUCUGAUCAAGAUCUUCGAUGAGAAUGAGCUCGAGCUGCUCAUGUGUGGACUCGGGGAUGUAGACGUGAAUGACUGGCGAGAGAACACCAAGUACAAGAACAGCUACUGCCCCAACCAUGUGGUGAUCCAGUGGUUUUGGAAAACUGUGCUGCUGAUGGAUGCAGAGAAGAGAAUUCGCCUCCUACAGUUUGUGACAGGGACUUCCCGGGUUCCUAUGAAUGGCUUUGCCGAACUUUAUGGGUCUAAUGGACCACAGCUGUUCACCAUCGAGCAGUGGGGAACACGUGAAAAGCUGCCUCGAGCCCACACAUGCUUCAAUCGGCUGGACCUUCCUCCGUACGAGUCAUUUGAAGAGCUGCGGGAGAAACUUCACAUUGCCAUCGAGAACGCACAAGGCUUCGACGGGGUGGAUUAGCCAGUGCGCAGCUCAUCCGCUAAACACAGAACACAGUCGACUCUCGUGCUGAAGUGGAGAAAUGCCGCCUGCGAGACAGAUGAAGGACGCACACUUGUUCUUGGCCCAAUCUUUCCGUCGCACCUUGACAGCCAGGUGUCGGAUAUAUUUGCAUCCAGUUUACAAAUCAGAUCUGUUGUCUUGUCUCUUAAAUUUGAAUAUUUAAAAAAACUAUUUAGCCAUGAAUGUUUUAUAGAGUCAAGCCUUAAUGUCUGGGGGGGUGGUACAGAUUUUUCUGAUUUCUGAGGGAUCGAUUUUGCUUCCUUGGGAUGCAGAUAACUUGUUAGUGGACCAGUGCCAAGCUGCGCAGAUAAUGCCUCAGGAGUCUAGAGAGUCUCUGUGCUCAGAGGACCUCCAUGUAGAGUUUGACAAUACUCCUGAGUUAUGUACCACCGCAAAAGGCAUGGCUUUCUUAUAUGAAACGUUGUUACUCUUAAAUGUGCCAAAUCUUUGUGUCAACUCACAUGUUCUGGUGUCAGCUUGAGCGUUUAUCUCUGCGUGAUGUGCUUUCAAAGAGCAUCAUUGCUUGGAGGAGUCCCCCACCUGUUGGUGACUCUUGGUGGGCCUAUUCAUAUGUACCUCUUUUUAAAAGGUUAAGAUCCAGCCCGUGAAGGAAGUGUGUUUAGACCCUUGGCAUGAAUGUAGUAGACCGAAACUGAGGCCGAUGUCUUUGACUGACCGGAAUACUUAAGGUUGGCGGUUUAAAAUGGUGUUAAAACAAGACGUGCCUCAUUGCCAGUCAAGAUAUGCUCAAUUGAAAAUCUGAUUGAAUUGUAAUGACCCUGAAGUCUCCCUGUAGAUGCACAUACCAACACAAUAUUAUCACUCUUUCUUGUUAGAAACAAAACAAGUGUCUACAGUGAAGUAUUCGGGAGUGUACCGGACUAGUUAAUGGCUGAAAUAUUCUCGAUGAUGUGGCGACUUCAUGCAGUGUUAGAUUCAGCUAAACUAUCGUCUGUGAUUUUAUACUGAGUGUUGGCACUUUUCACGGUCAGAUCCAACAGAUUGAAUGGCUUGCACACAGUCCACAAGUGAUACUUUGAUUUUCCUCUACCCGUCACGGGUGUCUAUUUGCGGUGCUCUGUUUUUAAGAGUACGUCAAAGAUAUGUACAGAUGACCUCUGUUUGUACAGACAAGCUUGUGAUACUUUUUUUUUAAUGUAGGAAAGAACAUGUUAGCAACCCUUUUAGUCUUUGUUUCCCUUGUGUGUUUACGCUACCUGCCAUGUUUACACGUUCGGACAGAAGAUGUGGUGGGCUGGUUCAGUUUUCUACUUAAUGUUUUUAUAAAGUGAAGCACUUUGUUCAUUUCAACAAGUCUUAUCUCUGAAACCUUGCAGAUCGGUCGCCCGACGGCCACUUCACUCUCUCUCACUUGCAGUGCACAUGUUUGUAAUGUUUACAUGUGAACAUCGCUGAAGAUAAGCACAUUCUUCAUUAUCGCCUGUAAUCCAAUGUUAAAACUGAGGCCUUUUAUUGUUGUGUUUUGUGUUGCACGUGUUCUAAUCUCAACAUUGAAGUUCCCUUAUGAAUGUCUUGCUGUCUGUUGAAGAAAUAUCAAAACAUAAAAACGAUCAUAUUUUGUUACCUUUUAAAUAUUAAAGCCUCUAAGUGCAUUACAUUUAUUAAGCAUAUAUUGAAAACGGUUGUAUUGAAAUGGUAUUGAAUCACAAUUGGAAG